AUGGCAGACUCGGACCAGGCUCCUGCCUUGCGCGAGGCGGCGGCACGAUUACUCAAGGGGCUCAACGCAGAGCAGCGGCUGGCAGUCACAGCGGGCGAGGGGGCUACGGUCGUGGUGGCCGGUCCCGGUUCGGGCAAGACGCGCGUGAUUACUCGUCGUGCCGCCUGGUUGAUUGAGCAUGGUGUGGCACCCUCGGAGGUUGUGCUCAUGACGUUUACUCGCAAGGCGGCUCGGGAAAUGCGUGAACGCCUCGACCAACUCUUGGCACAAAGCGGCGCUGCAAGUGGCGCUGCUGCCGCGGGUCAGCACCGGGCCGGACAGAUCAUGGCUGGCACCUUUCACUCCUUGGCCCUGCGCUUCCUCCGCCGAUACAGCCAUCUCUUGAAUUUGAGCCAAAAUUUUACCCAGAUUGACACGGAAAGCCGCAACCGCAUCCUGCGCGACUUUAUCAAGGAAUGCAAAAAGGCCGCGCCAGAGGGCGAAGAGUCUGAAAAGAGCCUCAAACCCUCUGUCGUUGGCAACAACAUCAGCCGCAUCAAGAUGAUGCGUCUCACUCCCAGCGAGGCCCAACAGGAGCUGAGGCGUCUCGAACAGCACUCUGAGCUCUCGCCCGAAAACAGUGACCUCUACAACCUCCUGUCGUCCACCCUUCCAUGCUAUGAGCACUAUGCUGCGGUCUGCGAACGUGAAGGCCUCAUCGACUAUGACGACAUGCUACUCAAAUGUGAAGAACUUUUUUCCAAGGCCCCGCACGUGGUCAAACCUUACAGCCACAUCCUCGUGGACGAGUUUCAGGAUACCAACCCCGUCCAGUACGACAUGGUCCGUCACCUGGCCCACAGCGGCAAUCUCUUCGUCGUCGGCGAUCCCAACCAGUCCAUCUAUGGCUGGCGUGCCGCUCAAGCCGAUGGCUAUCGCCGUAUCUUUGCCGAUUUUCCUGGCACCAAGCAAGUGUCUCUGGCCGAAAACUAUCGCUCAACUGGCGCCAUCCUCAGCCUCAGCUCAGACCUGAUCAAUCAGAACCAGGAGCUGAGCCGGUGCAAUCUACCCUACCGCAUGGUGAACGGUGUGCGGUUCUUUGAGCGCGAGGAAAUUGCCGACUUGGUCGCCUACCUUCGCCUGGUCCUCAAUCCUGACGACAAUUCAGCCUUUACACGCGUUUUCAACCGGCCCAGACGUCAACUCGGGGCCAAGGCCCUGGCCUCGUUGCUCGAGUCAGCUCAGACUGACAAGACGAGCCUUCUGGUUGCUGCCCAACACUCAUCCAACAAGAAUGCCCGCCAAUUUGCUCGCAUUAUCACGGACUUGCGCGAGCGCCUUGGUCACGUUGAUCUGCCUGAACUCGUGCUUCACCUUAUUGAGACGAUUCAAUUCAAGGAGCACCUGCGUCGCUCCUUUGCAGACAAAGACAAGCGCAACUACGAGUCACGCCUCGAAAACGUCGAAGAAUUGGUGGCUUACGCACGAAAUGUGCAAGAGCAGGCUCAAGAGGCUCAACAUGAGGCUCCUCUUGAUUCAGCGCAGCCUCUGACCCCGCAAGACAUGGGCCUGGCCCAGCUACGCCUCUUUAUGGACCAGGCCACGCUGCAUUCCACGGCUGACGUAGAGGACCAGGACGAUGCCAUUACCCUCUCUACCGUGCACAGCGCCAAGGGCCUUGAGUGGGCCGUCGUGGCCAUUCCUGGCGUCGAGGAUGGGUUGUACCCCCAUGCCAACGCCAAGCGCCACCGGAACCCCACCAAGCAGGUGGCAGCUUUGCACGAAGAACGGCGUCUGCUAUACGUAGGUAUCGCCAUGUCUAGAGUCACUCGUGCCCGGCUGCCCUAUCCAGUCACUGGCCACGAAAAAAAGCCUGCACGCUCAUUGCAACUACUGGCCAUGCCCAUUCGCGUUUUAGGUGGCGUGUACCCGAGCCAAGUUUGCGCUACUCCUGUCCCGGGCCAAGGAGCGAAAGACUUGGGCUGA